CCAUGCUCGCUGCUCGACGCCUUCACUGAACGCAUCCGCAACACGCUCGGCACGCCACGAGAAUCUCGACGGGACGUGUACGCCUUCCCUCGAACGCGCGUUUAAACUUUAUGUUCGAACGCAGCUUUGAACUUUCGAUAAAUUCCGGUGGUUUUCGAGAUAGUUCGAAUCGUGCGGUUAAGCUUGAUUCCUAUUGGAUGCUUUUACAUCGAUCGUUUUGUUAUUCUGCAGAAAAGGUGUCGCAACUUUUAUCAGAACCUGAUAUCAUCUGCCGUUUGAUGAGGAGUGUCAUUUCUGCUAAGAUGUGAAUGACACUCUUGGUGCAGUCGAAUACUUCCUUGUUUCUACCUGUUUGCAACCAGAACGCCCAUGUGACACCAAAAUGAAGAGCUGCCCGUUUGAUCAUCUUGUAUAGCUGAAGCUGAAUGACGAUUGCCCUGAGACGGAGUUCAAUAAAUGGCUCUUCUAUGAUUCAGGCUCACACAACAUGAUGUUGUUAUAGCGACUCUGGACUAACAGAGGAGUUGCGGAGGCGAUGGAUGGAUGGAACUCCUCGGUGCAGCAGAAUCCACACUUGGGCAACGAGGAUGAGGACAGCGUAGAGCUGGACGUGGACAAUAAACUGGAGACGCCCUACGUGGAGAUCUACUUCGACCCCCCGCCGCCCAAGAUGCCACCCAUUCCGCCCCCGCCGGACCUCAUGCCCACGCCUGGCGGUCCAAUUGUGGUGAGAACAGAAGAGGCGCUAAUCGUCAUAUUUGUGCUCAUACUGUGGGUCGCUGCAAUAGCUUUGUUCUUCAACCGAUGGGGGAAAAUCCGGAUGCUGGAACCGUAUCAACCGAAAUUCCACGAGGAACAUCGGACCAGCUGCCCCAUGGUUGAAUACCAGAUAGCCGGAGGUGGCCUUGCUCAUUGUCAGCACCGGACCUCGGUCUCGAAGUACGCGGUGAACACGGUGAACCUGGAGGCGGCCCCGAUGCCCUCCUCGAUCUUCCCGACGAUCAACCCGACCUACCGGAACCUCUCGCGGCCGCGGCAGAACUCGGUCUUCACCGAGCCGAAGACGUUCCCGGCCGUGGAGAACCCGCGCAAGGUCAAGUCCGCCAUGGACAUCCAGAGUCUCAUCCUCAACGAGAUGACGCCCUACCGGGGGAGCCGCUCCAUGAUCCCCAUCGGCGACCGCCGCACCAGCUGCUUCGGCAACUUCGUCUCCCCCUCCCACGACCGGCGACCCUCCUGCUGCCUCUACCCGCCGGUCACCGAGUUCCGCCGCCACUCCGGCGACCUCCUCUGCUACAAGGACCGACCCCACCUCGCGCCCAACUUCGUCCCCGUCGCCGCGCGACGCCCCUCCUGCUGCGUCGGCGUCGGCGACUACUUCCCCACCCGCAAGAUGUCCUGCGUCGGCGGCGACAACAUCCUCCCCACCACCGCUGGCGUCACGAGCAGUCUCCUCAAGUCGCCGAUCGCCGACGCGGCCAAGAAGGAGCGGGAGAAAGAGAGGGAGAGGUGGGACGGCCCGUCGACCUCCACGGCGGGCCCGAGCGGGACCCGCAAGACCUCGGUCAGCGCCGAUCUCUUGGCGCCCCUCAAGUCCUUGACUAAAGACCGCCGUACCUCCUUCAAUAAUGUCCUUGCUCAGGUCACCUCGGAGCGGCGCGCUUCCUCAAGUAUAUUGCGACUGGCGAGUAAUGUUUCUAAUGUAUGAAUCCAGGCCAGGUGGUCGAUGUCAGUAAUGUAAGUGCACCUUGCCGCUCGGGGCUAGAGUCCCUUUAUACUGAGAGUCAAGACAACACCCCUCAUGGAGUCACAAACGGGAAUAAAGAUUACAGAAAUUGAACGUUUUUCGUAAUCUUUGAUCGGCCCAUUCUCGAAUUCCU